AUGAAGAUCCUUUUAAUUCUCAGUGCUCUGUUCGCAGUUGCAAGUCCUUACACCUAUCAGAAAUGCGAACUUGCUCGUGUUUUACAAAGCAAUGGAUUGGAUGGGUACCAGGGUUACAGUCUGGCAAACUGGGUGUGUUUGGUUCAAUAUGAAAGCACUUAUAAUACACAAGCAAUUGGACACAAUAGGAAACGUGGAAAGAUUGUAUCAUCAGACUACGGGCUCUUUCAGAUCAACAGCUACUGGUGGUGUGAUGAUGGUCAGACCCCAAACACACAUAACGGGUGUCAGAAGAAUUGUGCUGAUUUUCUCAAUAAUGACAUCAACGAUGACAUUGUGUGUGCAAGAAGGGUAGUAAGAGAUCGCCAAGGAAUGAAUGCCUGGAAUGGCUGGAAGAAUAACUGCAAGGGCCAAGAUCUUAGCCAUUUUCUGGAUGGCUGUAACAUAUAA